CGCGGGCGGAGCGGGGCUGGAGCAGGCGCGCAGCAGCGGCUGCCCCGGGGGAUGCGGCUGCCAGCCCCGGCCGGCGUGUAGGGAGGGCGGGUCCCCGGCCUCGGCAGCACAGCGGUGGAGGGGACCUAGACUGAGGCCAUGGCGACCCCCGGCAACCUGGGGUCCUCCGUCCUAGCGAGCAAGACCAAGACCAAGAAGAAGCACUUCGUGGCUCAGAAAGUGAAGCUGUUCCGGGCUAGCGACCCGCUGCUCAGCGUGCUCAUGUGGGGGGUCAACCACUCGAUCAAUGAACUGAGCCAUGUUCAAAUCCCUGUCAUGUUGAUGCCUGAUGACUUCAAAGCCUACUCAAAGAUAAAGGUGGACAACCACCUUUUUAACAAGGAAAACAUGCCGAGCCAUUUCAAAUUUAAGGAGUACUGCCCAAUGGUCUUCCGGAAUCUUCGGGAGAGGUUCGGAAUCGACGACCAGGAUUUCCAGAAUUCCUUGACCAGAAGUGCACCCCUCCCCAACGACUCCCAGGCACGCAGCGGGGCUCGGUUUCACACAUCCUAUGACAAAAGAUACGUCAUCAAGACCAUUACCAGCGAGGACGUGGCAGAGAUGCACAACAUUCUGAAGAAGUACCACCAGUAUAUAGUGGAAUGUCACGGGGUCACCCUUCUUCCUCAGUUCUUGGGAAUGUACCGGCUUAAUGUCGACGGAGUGGAAAUAUACGUGAUUGUUACAAGGAACGUGUUCAGCCACCGUUUAUCGGUAUAUAGGAAAUACGACUUGAAGGGCUCUACUGUGGCUAGAGAAGCCAGCGACAAAGAAAAGGCCAAAGAGCUGCCAACAUUAAAGGAUAAUGACUUCAUUAAUGAGGGCCAAAAGAUUUAUAUUGAUGACAACAACAAAAAGAUAUUCCUGGAAAAACUGAAAAAGGAUGUCGAGUUCCUUGCACAGUUAAAACUCAUGGACUACAGCCUCCUGGUGGGCAUUCACGACGUGGAGCGCGCAGAGCAAGAGGAGGUGGAGUGUGAGGAAAACUACGGGGAAGAGGAGGGGGAAAGUGAUGGCGCCCACCCAGUCGGGACUCCGCCUGACAGUCCUGGAAAUAACCUCAACAGCUCCCCACCUCUGGCUCCUGGCGAGUUCGAUCCAAACAUUGAUGUCUAUGCAAUUAAAUGCCAUGAAAACUCCCCUAGGAAAGAGGUGUACUUCAUGGCCAUUAUUGACAUCCUCACUCAUUACGAUGCGAAAAAGAAGGCUGCUCAUGCUGCAAAAACUGUUAAACACGGCGCUGGAGCUGAGAUCUCAACCGUGAAUCCAGAACAGUAUUCAAAGCGCUUUUUAGACUUUAUUGGGCACAUCUUGACGUAACCUCCUGCAAAGCCCCAGAUGGACAUGAGCACAGGAGGCUGGUGGUGGCUUCGGUGUAGGAAAAGUGAAAACCAAAUUCGAUGACGCCCGCACCUUGCAGGAAGCAAAGCUUCCUUGUUUACAUCUUCAAGCCGAGAUGACUGCAGUGGGGGCCUACUUGCUUUAACAGCUACCUGAUAUUUCCCGGCAUCGUUCUAGCUAUUUCUGACUCUGUGUAUGCGUGUGAGCACGCACACAUGCUCUCUUGCUCACAUUUUUAAAUAAUUAAUUAUUAAUCAAUUAAAGCCACUCAGCUUGAAUCAGAGCCGUGUAACAACCAAACCCCUCUGAUUCCAGCUGUGACUGAAGGGAUAAAUGGAGGGGCAAGCACGCGGGGCAGAGGAGACGAAACUGCAUGUCCACGCAGCACCAUGGCAGCACCACGUGAUGAACUGUAGGUCAGUUUGUUUUCUGAGUUGAAAGA